AUGAGGAGGAGUCAACAGCAGCAACAGCAACAGCAGCAACAACAAUAUAAACAACAAAAGUCAUUGUUGAAUGUACAGGAUGUAGAUGAUGACUUUGAUGACGACGAUGAUGAUAACAUUAAUAACUCUAAUAGUAAUCGGAGAAUAGAUGAUAAGUACCGCGAUCAAAGGGUGGAGAAAGAUAAGAAUCUGCCCCGAUCAAGGAAAUAUUGGAACGCUCUGAAGCGUUGGUCAUACUUCUUCAAACAUCUACUGUUGCAUACGUUCAACAACAACCGACGCAACAAGCUCAGCUACCUCCUGGGAUUCUCUGCAUGCUUCCUGGUGGUAUUCGUCGUCUCACUCUGCGUGUCCAUCAUCUCAAACACGCCGAUCGUCUUUCUCAAUCUGUCCGAGGUGUCGUCGGGCGAGAUGGACAUCAAGGUCAUGCCUGGUCAAUGGUCCAUGUCGACAAACCUCAACUACACGCUGAUCUCACAGCUGCUCAACGAACCCUCUCAGAGCUACCACGCUCCGCGCCAAGAGGCUACUGCAUUCAUCCUCUCCGCCGCAUCAUGUCCCAAUGGCAACGUCAACGAACAGAAUUGGAAGUACCAUGGAAAUAACUGCGAGCCCUCCUGCUUUGAUACAGUGUGCAGGGGAGCAACGACCGACAAGGCAUCGUUGUUUGCCAUCGACACGUCACAAGAAAAGAGGAUGGGCCUUGGACGUGAGUGGAAGCUGCCCGCCCCAAGUCCUGGUAGCAUAUACCUUCAAGAGGAUCUGGCUAAUGCGCUCAACAUCAAACAGAACGACUAUGUCUAUGUAGCCGUCAGUGCACUUGAUCUUCUCGAAGCCAUCUGGGCCAAUGCCAACACCUCCUCAGAGUACCCAUACAUCUAUCUCACCUGCAAGGUCGAGGCAAUCUUCUCGUCACCAGGUGGCAAGUUUGGAUCGUCCAUCAACAAUGCCAUCAUCAUGGACUAUGCCACUCUGAUACCAUACACUGUCACACAAAUUGAUCCAGAGAUAUCACCAUUCAGUAGACAAUUGAUUAACAACUCAAACUUGUAUGAGUAUGCAGAGUAUGUGAUCAUCAAUCUACCACCAUCACGUUUGGAACCAUAUAUCAACUCGAAUCAGGAUACAAUCUUGAAGAACUUGGUUCAGUUCUCAUCAAAGGUGUUGUACAAGAUCGGCUUCAAUGAUCUGGAUGCAGAGUUGCCAGUGAUGAGCGAGCUGUCAAACAAUCGCUACGUGUCACUCUUCCUCGGUCUGAUCCUCAAUGUAAUCAUAUUCAUAUUGCUGUUCCUCUCGAUCUUGCUCAUCUACUCACUGCUGAUGAUCGACGUCGAGACAAGGACAUUUGAAAUGGGUGUCAUGCGAAUGAUUGGAACGACACGCAGUGGUAUCAUCCAGCUGAUGUUGUGCAAGGCAUUCAGUUACAGUUUGCCAUCAUGGGUGCUCGGUCUCGUGUUGGCCCAGGUGUUUGGCUUUGUCGUGUCGGCCUGGUUCUCCUCGCUGACUGGCGUGCCCAUCCCACCCAAGCUCACACCAACCGCCAUCCUCCUGGCCACUGGUCUGGGCAUCUUGAUCCCCGUGGCAGCGGCCAUCUUCCCAAUCAAGAGUGCUUUGGGUCGCAACCUGCACGACUCACUCGAUGUCAAGCACUCCAAGUCCAGCGCCGUUCAGAUCUCCAUAGAGCGCUCUGAAGACAGCAGCUUCUCAUCGUCUGUGGCCAUCGUUGGAUUCAUCUUGGCGGCCUUUGGUUUUGGAAUCUACUAUAUAUUCCCCCUGUCAUUGCUCUCCUUCAACCUGGCACUUCUGCUCAACAUGUUCUUCCUGCUGCUCAUUGCCAUGCUGCUUGGACUGAUCCUGUUGGCACUCAAUGUCGAGCAUCUGCUCGAGCGACUCAUCGUGUUCGCCCUCCUCUUCUGGGAGAAGCGUGCGAUACCCCAGAUCGUGCUCAAGAACCUCGUUGCACACAAGCUGCGAAACAGGAAGACGGCCAUCAUGUACGCUAUAUCACUGGCAUUCAUCAUCUUUGUCAACGUCUCCUACUCGACACAGCAGGCAUCGAUGAACUACAAGAUCCAGCAGAGUUACGGAUCAUACUUGCGAGUGGACAUGGGACGUGUGCGCAUAUCCACCAGCAUGAUGAUGGACAUCGAUCAAGAGCUCACAUCCAAUCCCCUCAUUCAUUCAUUUGGCUACAUCUCCAUGCCCAUGUCAUCAAUCUCGCCAACAUGGCAGGCAACACAGAUAUCCAACAUUGGACGUAUCUAUUCCGACAACAACAACCUAUACUCAGCAUCGCCCGCCAUCUUUGCCACUGCCAUCCAGGGCUUCCUCAAGGUGUCGUCGCUGGCCAGCGACCCCGACUAUCGCAUGGACACUGGCAUUUACAAUGGUGUCUCGGAGCAGAUCUACUCGGAGCAGAGCUCCAACAAGAUAAUCAUUGGUUCGCUAUAUCAGAGCAACAUUGGCGCGUCGCUAUCGUCCAAGAUACUGCUCAAGAUCAACAUCCAGGAUUGGAACAACCAUCUCAACUCGACUGGUUACCUCGUCGAGCCGAUGGCCUUCCUGGACACGGCGCCCGCCUUCCGAUUCUCCAAAUUCCCCUCGGUCACCGGCCAGGAUGCAAUCAUCUCAAUACCAAGCUACAUUGAGUAUGCUGGAGAUCUCUACGACUCUGUCCGUGAGCUGCCCAUCAAGUCCAUCAUUCUAAACUACGACACUGCGCACACCAACCUGCUCAAGGAACAGCUCAAGAAUAUGUUUGACGGCAUGGGCAUCAGCGUGGACAUCAGGGACUAUGCUGACAAGGUGGCGCCAUUCGAGACGGCCUCCACCAUCAUUCAAUAUUUCUUCAGCUUCACGACGGUCAUUGCCAUGAUGAUCUCAUUCUUCAGUUUGAUGUCAUCGAUGUUCACCAACAUCCUGGAGCAGAGCAAGGAGAUUGGAGUGCUACGCGCAAUUGGUAUCCCGCGUCCUUGGAUGGUGCGAAUCUACAUCUACGAAUCGUUCGUGUUGGUGUUCUCCUCGUCACUACUAGGCGUGUGCAUUGGAAGUAUUGUUGGAUGGACGAUGAUCUUGCAAAGAGUACUGUUCACGCAACUGCCCAUCCCAUUCGUAUUCCCAUGGGUACUGCUCAUUGUGAUCUUCAUCUGUUCGAUACUAUUCUCCUUUAUCUCAGCAUUUGGUCCAAUUCGCAAGGUACUCAACCAACAAGUUGUCAGCAUCAUGAGGAUCGUAACAUAA